GUUCUCAGUGAUCCUUCUGUGCGCACACCGGAGGACAACGCAGCCGAACGUGUAGAGGUUGUGAGCGUCGGUUAUGGCUGAUCACCACAGCCGCAAGCGGCGCCGUCCGGCGGAGCUCGGCCCGCCUCCGCGCUGGCUCAACUGUCCACGCAAGGGAGCCCUCAUUGCCGAGAAGUUCCUGCCCUUCAAGACGCCCCUGAGCGAGAUUUACGAUGCUCAGGUGCCCGAGGAGAGCCGAUUCCCGCCAUCUAUGCUGUUGGACUCCUUAACCAGCUACAAGCUGAAGAUGGGCCUGUGGAUCGACCUGACCAACACGGACCGAUUCUAUGACCCAAAGGUGAUUGAGCAGAGGGAGAUCCGGUACCUCAAGCUGCAGUGUCGCGGUCAUGGAGAGUGUCCAUCCCAGGAGCAGACGGACACGUUCAUUGGCAUCUGUCAGCGAUUCAUAUCUAUGAACCCGCUCCACAUAAUCGGUGUCCACUGCACGCAUGGCUUCAAUCGUACGGGCUUCCUCAUUGCCAGCUACUUGGUGGUCAACAUGUCUUGGAGCAUCGAAGCAGCCGUCAAAGCCCUCGCAGAGGCUCGGCCACCUGGCAUCUACAAAGCAGACUACCUUCGGGAGCUGUUCAAGCGUUAUGGCGACGUGGACGACACGCCUCCGCCCCCACCUCGGCCAAGUUGGUGCGAUGAAGAGAACGAGGACCUGGAUGACGACGGCAAUGCAUUAGGUGGUGACGGCGGUGGAGACGGGCCUGUGCACAAGCGACGGAGACGGGAGUUCACCAAGAAGAACCCUACCUUCAUGGAGGGCGUUUCCGGCGUGGUGCCUGUCACCACCCAGCCCAAACUCCUGCAGAUACAACGGAGGUGCCAGGAGCUCUGCCACUGGGAGAGUUCGGGCUUCCCAGGCAGCCAGCCAGUGUCCAUGGACCGGCAGAACAUCCACAAGCUGCGGGAGAAGGAGUACAUGGUCAGCUGGAAGGCCGAUGGAACACGGUACAUGAUGCUCAUAGACGGGGAGAACGAGGUGUACUUCAUCGACCGGGACAACUGUGUCUUCCAAGUGUCGAACCUGUACUUCCCCAGGCGCAAAGACCGCACCCAGCACAUCCAGGAGACACUCGUUGACGGGGAAAUGAUCAUUGACGAGGACAAUGGCCGGAAGGUGCCACGCUACCUUAUCUACGACAUCAUCCGGUUUCAGGGGGAAGAGGUCUGGGGUGUGGACUUCUGCCGGCGGCUCACAUGCAUCUCCCGAGAGCUGUACGAGCCGCGCAAGGCAGCCAUGCAGGAGGGCCGCAUCAACCGGGACAACGAGCCCUUUGGUGUGCGGCACAAGCAGUUCUGGGAUGCCGCUGUUACGUACAAGUUGCUGAGUGACAAGUUUGCACAGAGUAUGCCCCACGAGUUGGACGGCCUCAUCUUCCAGCCCAAAAUGGACUCGUACGUCUGUGGCCGUGCCAAUGAUGUUCUCAAGUGGAAGCCACCGCAUCUCAACACGAUCGACUUUAGGCUCAAGAUUACUAAGGAUAGUGGCCCGGGUGUGGUACCCAAGAACAUUGGACUUCUCUAUGUGGGAGGCUGUGAUCAUCCUUUUGGACGAUUGAAGUGGGCAAAGCAGUUAAAGGAGCUGGACAACAAGAUAGUCGAGUGCAAGAUUGACGGGAGCCAGUGGGUGUUGCUGCGGGAGCGAACGGACAAGUCAUUUCCCAACAGCUUUUCAACUGCCGAAGGUGUGAUGGAGAGCAUAAGGAAUCCCGUCGACAAGGACUAUCUCUUGAACUUCAUCCGCCAGUACGGGUGGCGCAGGAAGCCAACCGACAGCGAGCUGAUGCCGCCUCCGCACCAGGUCGCGCAGUAGCCACCCCCAUUGUGCCGACAGAGCUGACGUGCGCCGUUUCGUGGCUCGUCGAACUGUGACUGUGCUCGCUCCACGUUCCGAGUUGGGGUCCGGGGCGGCUGCUUCCAGAAAUAUUGGGCUCGGUCACUUGCCCCGUGCUUGAAAGACACUUUCAACUACAAACCGUGCACUCUUGUUCACGUGUCCCAUUAUGGUAGGCAUAGGACAAUGGGGGAGUAGAGUCACUGCAGCUGUCGGCCUAGUGUGGGGCUGCCUUCUGGCAGCAUGUGUACAUAAGAGAUGGGCAUCGAGAGCAUGUCUUUGAAUGCAUCGCCGUAGUGAAACCACUGCGGCCAGGAAGUGUGUUUGGGAUGGGCAAACGUGUGAUGGCGCGUGUGGCAUAUCUGAUAUGUCUCUGAGACGUGUGCGUGUUAACUGUUGGCGCUGUGUCACCUUGUGACACUUUUUACAAACUGGGAGUGCAUCGUCUCCCGUAGCAUUGACUGUUCCACGAGCGCUUCUUUUUUCUUUCUCACUUGUGUUUUGCAUGUUUAUUGUGUCUGGUUUUUCUGUGUCCUUUGUGGAUAAGACGUUAUGGUUGUGGGCUACCGGGGUUGUUUCUUAGGAGGAACCUUGUUGGUUAACCACAUAUACAUGCAUAAUUUUUUUUUUUUUUUUUUUUGAAGAACAUUAUUUGUCCUGUACGCCAGUUUCUGUGAAAUUGCCGUAGAUUUCUCUGAUGCACAUUAUAACACGAGUGGUGAUUGUAAACUAGCCAUCAAAGUAAAGAAAAUAUACAAGUUGUCCCAACUAUCAUGCAGCAAGAUUUAAAAUUAUUCAGAUGCCACAUAGCCGGACAGAACCAAGGUAAUGUUGAUUGCCGCCGUUUGGAGGUACUUGGAUUAUUUUUUGCAUUCUGCCUAAUUACUUAAUUAGUCUUAAUUAACUUCUCAAAUAUUAUAAUUAUGUGAAAAAUGUCAAUGAUAAAAUUGUAGGGCAACAUGAAAAACUCCCAGUAUCACAGCAAAUGGGGCCCUGGACUGAGGGCUCCACCCUCUGGGACUUCGUUACAAAACACCAAAUAAAGUUUUCUACUACUACUACUACUCCCGGUAUCGCUUUCUGCUGCUUAAUACGUGCUACAUAUAAGUGCUUUUCCGAGUGUGAAAGAAGCCCGCGAAUAGUAUACACAAAAUUUCCGCGCUACUGGCCGCUCGAGGCACUUUGCGUGUAUUCACGGGCUUCUUUCAUGCUCGGAAAAACACUUUUAUGUAGCACGUAUUAAACAACCGAAAGCUAUAUCAGGAGUUUUUCAUGUCGCUCUACAAUUUUAUCACUGACACUUUUCACCUAAUUAUAAUAUUUAAGAAGCUAAUUAAGACUAAUUAAGUAAUUAGGCAGAAUGCAAAAAAUAAUCUGAGUAUCUCUAAGUGAUGGCAAACAUCAUCACACUGGUUCUGUCCAGCUACGUGGCAUUUGCAUAAUUUUAAAUCUUGCUUCGUGAUGGUUGGGGCACCCUGUAUGUAUAUAGCAUAGAGACAAAAUUGGCUGCCAACAUGUAUUUAAAUGAAAUUGGCAUUUUCAGCCACCAUGUAGCAUAGAGUGCGGAUGGAAAAACUGCAAAUAAUGCUGCACCUAUGCAGCUUGGCGAACUGUCCCUUUCGAAAGCAAGAAAAAUUGGUGCUUAGUUUUGUAUACAUGACCAUUAUGGGCAACAUUUAAGCUAGGUUCGAUAACUGUAGCCGCAGAAGGUGAGGAAAACGGGGCAAGGAUCACCCAACUUGUUGAAGUAAAUCAACUUAGCCAAUCAUUUGCACACAAGUCUCUGCUUUGAUUUGCACUGCUGCUGCUAAAUUCCUUCACUAUCGAACGGUUGGCUCUGUGUUUUGGUAGCUUGGUUUUGUCUUCUCGCAUUGCUGAUGGCCAUGUGUAGUCAUGCUCGGAAACCCUGCACUCUUUACUGAGCAUGUUUAGCAUUGAAUGCAGCACUAGUUAAUACUUGGAGGUGUGUGUAUUAAUUUAGCUGCUUAAAAUGUAGCAGCAAUAUGACUUGUGAAGGGUAUGCUCAAUAUGACUUGUGAAGGCUAUGCUCUGUAGGCUGGUUUAUAUGUAGUGGCCAAGUGGUCCCAGAGACCUAACCUGGUCAUGCUGUACAUGCGACAUUCGUGAGCAACCAUGGCUAGUGUCGUGGUGUUCAUUGAUUGUCUGCCUAGCCUAGUCCUAUCCGUUUUGUGGUGGCUUGCUCCGACUGGCUUAUAGUAGUCAACAAAAGCGGUGCGUGCAUGUCUCACUGAUAGUCUAGCAACUUGGGGGAUGUCGGUUUUCACAUGCUUGUUGCCACAUCAUGCCAAAUGUGCUGCAUGGUAAGUAAGAGGGGCGUUCUUGCAAUUUUUCCAAGUCAGUUGGUUCUAUGAACUUAUCAUGGAAAAAGUUGCGGUAAAAGAAAAAGAAACGAGGAGGUGUGUGAAUGGACAUCAGUGCACAGCACAAAACGCUAAUGGGGCGAUGUCACGUAAGCAACUUGCAGAACUUGUGGCACUUAAGCUUGUUUUGGUAACCUCACUUUGUUGCAUGGUUUUCCAGUGCAUGCAUUAUGAAUCUGCCUAACUCACUAUUUCGUUCUGGUACAAGUUUUUUUCUUGUAGCAAUUUUCUUCAUGAUCUGGCUUCCUAGUUUAUUUACUGGGGAAGUCAAUGAACACACAAGACAUUGGUGGGAAGUACUACAAACCAUAAGGUGUCCUUUUCUUCAAGGUGCUGGAUAUUUCAGAAAUUCACAGGCUAGUGUUCAUUAUGGCCUGUAUAGAUGUGUCCAGAAAUUCAACCUAUUCGUCGUGGCUCUUUAGCAACCGAAGAACCUCAGGCACCAACACCUUAACUGGGCAGUAGUGAUAACUUGACAUUGGCCAUAUCUUUUUUAACUCUUGCCUAGGCGCUGUUGUUUGACUCAGGUGUGCAUUUGCGUUCGUAGUGUUGACUUUGAAGUGGCAGAGGGCACCCUGUCAGAGUUAGGGGCUUUGACACGUGUUGUCAGCAUGGUGGUUUGCUUUUUUUAACGCUGGCUUCAUGCAUAUAUUUAUUCUCUCGGAAUUAGUAGAGACGGGUGACUUCUCACUUUGCAUAAAGCAGUUCUCUGUUACCAUCUGUUUUGUUUGUUUACCCCAUUUUCAUUGUUCACUAGACCCUGGAUAUGUGUGUAUGCUUCACAUAAGGGAAGUUGCACUUAUUUUUUGGUUGCAGUGUGCGAAGCAAGAACUGUUAGGCAGUGUUUCGUUGUGCCCUUAUUUGUUGAUUUUUUUUUUAAUACUUCUACAAAGCGCCGCUUGAGUGAAGUGAUGGUGAUUCUUGUCAUCAGAAUAAAUGAAUGCUUGGUAAUGCAUGCAA